AUGUAACACAUAGAAAGUUCCGGAUUACCCAAAGGUCGAAAUAAAAGCGUGAGACAGUCACAGCUUCAGAGUAUUACGUCUGUUUUUAAUCAAACGCACAACUAAACCAACUUAGUAAGUAAAAAUGCCCCGAGGAAGCAGAAGCCGGACAUCUAGGAUGUCCCCGCCAGCCAGCCGAGCUCCACCUCCACCUCCUCCUACAGCCAGUGCAGCACCUCAUGCCCCAGUUCCAAUGCAGGCCCCUUCAUCUGCUGUGGGUGCGCCGGCUGCAGCACCCAGGCAGCCAGGCUUGUUUGCCCAGAUGGCAACUACUGCCGCUGGAGUUGCGGUGGGUUCUGCAGUAGGACAUACCCUCGGCCAUGCCUUUACUGGAGGAUUUGGUGGAGGACAGUCAGAGCCUGCCAAGCCUGAUGUCACAUACCAGGAGCCAUACCAGCAGCAACCACAGUACCAGCAGCCCCAGCAGCAGCAGGCCUGCUCCUAUGAGCUCAAGCAAUUCAUUGAGUGUGCCCAAAACCAGAGUGACCUGAAACUCUGUGAGGGAUUCAGUGAGGUGCUCAAACAGUGCAAGUUUGCUAAUGGUCUGUCAUGAGGUGGAGACAAAGUCCUGCAGAGUGAACAUGCAUGUUGUUGAUGCUGCAUAUAUUAGCUAGAUGUAAUUUUUAAGGGAUCAAUCAAUAAACAUACUUUGACAGCUGUUUACCAUCAAGCAACAUCAUUUAUUUGUGAAGACACUGCUGCAGAAUUUGUAAUCUUAGUCUUAUAAAUAAUGUUUAUAUAUUUUGGUGUGUCGUGUUUUCAGCUGGGUUUGACUGUUUUGCAUUAGCUUCAUUGACGUUAAUUUAAAUCUGCUCAAUUAUUGCAGGAUUUAUGGAAUAAAACAACUAGUUUUCACCUUCUGUAUCAACUUUUCUGAAAAGUUGCGUGUAAUAAGGAAAAAUAAAGCACUUGGAUCA